AUGCCCCGCACUGCAAGUGAAAAGGAUAGUUGGGAUCCUUCCAAUGCAUCUCAAGAACAACAAAUAAGAUCAACAAUCGCUACUGUCUUUGGUGCAUCUACCACUUCCCAAUCGGUCAAUGACAGUUGGAAAGCGCUCUCAGCCGGUUUCCCGCAAGGCGCUGGCGUAACUUUUAGCGCAGCCAGAAAUUUCGCUAAAGCUUCAGCGCUCGGUGGGCAAAUUCAGAAACAAUCGGAUACCACUCAGAGUACCGGUAAUCAAACCUCUGCCAACAAGAGUGAUACUGGUACUCAGACCUAA